AUGGAGGAAGGGAUCGGGUGGCUAGCGCAGGCCAUCCUCGCAAGCCCCCUGAUCGACAAGCAUGAUCCCUGGGUUAGCGAAGCCGGGCUCGCAGAGGAGAUCGACGGGCUCAAGUCUGAAAUCAAGGGAGUCCACAUGGUGGUCUCUGCUGUGAAGGGCAGGGCGCUCGGGAACGAGGCACUGGCUGGAUCUCUUGUUCAUCUCAAGGAGGUGCUCUAUGACGCCCGAAACCUAGUCGACGACCUCGACCACUACAGGCUCCAACAAGGCAAGCCCGCUUCGAUCGAGCCAACAAGUAGCAGCCAUGGCAAGAGGCUACGGUCCAAGGCGUGGGACCAUUUCGUCGUGACAAGAGAUGGUAAUGAUAACCCUGUGCACGCAGAAUGUAAAUACUGUCACGCGAUAGUACAAUGUAAGACCAAAUACGGGACAGGAGUUUUGUCAAGCAUAAGCAAUGUUACUGGAGAAGCCAUGCCUGUUUCAGUUUGUAAUUCAUCCAGCAGAAAAAGAAUGAGAAUUGGUCGUGAGUCAACACAAGUCACCACAGAUAACACAAACCUCUGGAACAAGGACGGAUUUUCGAGCAGGUUACGAGAAUUAAUUAAUCAGUUGCAAGGCAUCCAAGGGGAUGUGAGAGGAGUUAUAAAUAUACCUGUGCUAGAUUCUGUUGCAGCUUCAAAUCACCGUUGGAGUACAACCUAUUUUGCAUGCCGAAGAACAUCGAGUCUUCAUCAAAGGAAAAUGUACGGGAGAUCUGCAGAGAAGAAAUUUAUUAUCAAGUUGAUAAGCGAACACAAAUCAGCUGGUGGUGUCACUGUUCUGCCUAUUGUAGGCAUCGGAGGAAUUGGGAAGACAGCUCUGGCUCAACUUGUAUACAAUGAGCCAGCAGUGGAAAAUCAAUUUGACCACAAGAUAUGGAUUUGGGUGUCUAACAACUUUGAUGAAGUGAGGCUCACAAGGGAGAUGUUAGAUUUUGUGUCACAGGAAACACAUGGGGGGCUUUGCAACCUUGCCAAGCUUCAGGAGAUCUUGAAGUGUAAUAUCAAGUCAAAGAGGAUUCUACUUAUUUUAGAUGAUGUUUGGGAUGACAAAAAUGACUGCCAAUGGGACCAGCUGUUGGCUCCUUUUAAGUCUGACAAUGCAAACAACAAUUUGAUACUAAUGACAACUAGAAAACCAUCUGUUGCGAAAAGGAGAGGAACGGCUGAACCAAUUAAGUUAGGUGCGUUGGAAAAAGAUGAUUUCUGGUUAUUGUUUAAAGCACAUGCAUUUGGUGAUGAGAACUACGAAGAGCAAGAAAGUCUAAGUGGCAUAGGACAAAAAAUAGCACAAAAGUUAAAAGGAAACCCAUUAGCGGCACAAACUGCAGGAGCACUAUUAAGAGAGCAUCUCACCGUUGAACAUUGGACUAAUGGUCUGAAGAAUGAAGAUUGGAAAUCCCUGCACCUCAGUAGUGGCAUUAUGUCAUCUUUGAAGCUUUGCUAUGACGAGCUGCCCUUCCCUUUACAGCAGUGCUUCUCAUAUUGUUCUAUAUUCCCAUAUGGUUAUCAGUUUCCCGCCGAGGAGUUAGUCUGUAUGUGGAUUUCACACGGAUUUGUGAAGCUAGACGAUUCAAGUGCGAGUUUAAAGGAUACGGGAUGGUACUAUCUAACUGACUUGGUGAACCUGGGUUUCUUUGAGCAAGUCAUCUCUUCGGUCAGACAAACUUCCUAUUCCAUUGGUGGUCUCAUGCAUGAGUUUGCAAGGGUUGUUUCAAGAAGGGAGUGUGCAACAAUAGAUGGUAUAUAUUGCAAUGAAAUAUUGCCAACCGUACACCAUCUGUCAAUACUAACUGAUUCAGUAUAUUCCAUGGAUGAUCAGAUGAGCAACAUACCUUGUACCAAGAUGUUUGAAGAAAAAUUGAGAAGUUCGUUUACAUCAGUGACAAAAUUGAGGUCAUUGGUGUUAAUUGGGCAAUAUGACUCUUUCUUCUUCAAAGCCUUCCAAGAAGUAUUCCAAAAGGAACAUCAUUUGCGAGUGCUGCAUUUGUCUGCAACAUCUGCUGAUUUUCAUUCCUUCUUGUGUAGUAGGGUAAAUCAUGGACAUCUCCAGUAUUUGAAACUUCAGGACAGUCAUGUUGAGUUGGAAUCCUCGCCUCAGGUUUCGAGCAAGUUUUUCAAUCGAGUGUUAGAUGGUCGGCUUACCUCUUUACAAACAAUUCAUCUAGAGAACUGUGGAGAAUGCUGGAUAGUUCCAUCAUUGAAAAGGCCUCCGUCUCUUACAAGAUUAUUUUUGAGAAAUAUGCAGAAAGUAAGAGAAGUAUCGUUUCCGUCAUUGGAGGAGCUAGUUUUAGUUGAAAUGUCAGAGUUGGAGAGUUGUGUCUGCACUUCUCUGGGAGAUAUGAACUCUAGUUUAAGGGUAUUGGAUAUCCGAAAUUGCCACGCACUCAAGAUGUUUGAUUUGCUUGAGAAACACCAUAGCUUCAAAAUGAAGAAGGGUUCAUGGUUGCCCAAUCUUAGGAAAUUCAUUGUUUGCGAUUGUCCUCACUUGGAAGUAGUGAUCCCUCUUCGGCCUUCAGCCACAUUUUCUGAACUUUUAAUCAGCAGAGUUUCAACAUCUCUGACGAUGGACAAAUUUUACAUGGAAACAUUCGAAAUUAGGCCAAACAGUCUUUUGGGUGAGUCAUUUGGUGAGAUGAGACUGGAUGAAAAAAUCUUGGCAUUCCAUAAUCUGAGGGACCUCAAAUGCUUGGAAAUAAAUUCAUGCUGGAAUCUGACGUCUAUUUCACUAAUAAGUUUUCAUCAGCUCGUAUCUUUAGAGAGUUUGACAAUAGGGCACUGCACAAAACUCUUCUCUUCAGAUGUUGUGUCAGCGCACACCCAUGAAGACAUGAUAGCUGCAGAUUAUAUAGCCCUACCAUGUCUUGAUAGUCUCAGUAUUUUUUCAUGUGGAAUAACAGGGAAGUGGCUAUCUCUGAUGCUUCGACAUGCGCCGGCAGUGAAGAAAUUGAUGUUAAAUGGAUGUCCAAAGUUGACACAGUUACGGAUUGAAGAGGAAGAAAACGGCCAGUCGAAUCUCAACCCAGCCUCGGAGGCUUCAUCAUCAGGAUAUCAAAAUGGUUUGUCAGCAAGCUCAGAUCCAGACGGUUUGUGUUACGGUCUUACGGAGGAGACCACAAGAUUUAGUGACCAUGGAAACACCCUCCCGACCGGACAACAGACGCUAACUCGCUGA